UUGUUCCUCGGCGCCUUCAGUAGUAGUCUAACAAGCAGCACAGUUCCAUCUGUUGAAUAGCAGUUUAACUCGACAGAAAAAUGCACUUGUCCGCGCUCAAUGGAACUUCUUAUCCCGUGACGUCAUCUUCAUUCAGCUGUCGAUAACGGUGGAGAAUUGUUUUGUCUUUGGAUUAACUUGAGAGCUAAGUAAGCGUUUGAGGAGAAGUCCAAAGGAUGGAGACCUUCGUCUACCUGCUUGCCCUCGCUUUGGCUCGGCUGUCUUGGGGUCUCGGCUACGCGGAGCCCGGCGUGCACGGUGGCCAAAGGGCUGCCAGUAGACACAGAAACUGGUGUGCUUAUGUGGUGACGCGCACUGUUAGCUGUGUGAUGGAGGACGGCGUGGAGACGUACAUCAAACCAGACUACCAACGCUGUACCUGGGGCCAGUGUCCUCGAGUGGCGUACCGGACGUACAGGAGGCCAAGGUACAAGGUGGCCUACAAGAUGGUGACAGAGAUGGAGUGGAAGUGUUGCCAUGGGUACUCAGGGGAGGACUGUCACGAAGGGCCAAGGGUAAUGCCCGACAAUCAGGUCAACGGAGGGCGACCGCACGUCACACAGACGGGCUACACACCAGGCGGCGGACAGGCUGGAAAUGGUGACAGUGAAAAGGUCAGAAAGCUGGAGGAAACAAUCACCGGCCUUACCAAAGACCUCCACAACAUGCAGACCUCCAUUCAUGACCUCAACCAGAGGCUUUCAGGACUUAGUGGAGCUAUUGUGCCAGCUGAUUCAGCCCAGCCACACAUGAAGGAGACCAUCAACAACAUUCAGAACAAGCUGGACCAUCUGUAUAAUAGGACAGAGGUCCAUGACCAGACCCUGCUCAACAUUAAUAACCACUUAGAGAACGGAGGGGGCAACGACCUGGAUGGCGAUGCAAUAGGGGGCGGACUCAAGGGGAACCAGCUGAACACACUAAAGGAAGAAAUACUGACUGAGCUGGAGAGAAGGGUGACUCUGUCCUGCUCUGCCUGCCAGGCUGGUGUGGAGGAUGUGAGGCGGAAGCAGGAGGCGGACAGAGAAAGAGUGAGAGCCCUGGAGAAGCUGAUCAACUCCAUGGACCAACAUUUAAGGCAGAGCCUACAAAUUCUUCGAAGUGAGACUGAACAGUCCCAGACAUGCUGCAACACUGUCACUGAGCUGGAGAAGAGAUUGUCCGUUCUGGAUGGCCAAGUCACCUCCACUGCCAACAAGUGUGAUACGAUAAAAGGGCGACUAGAUAAGGAGCUGGCUGGAACCGGGGGAGGAAAGGGAAGGGUGACUGAGGACAGGUUGAAUGGCAAACUAAGAGAGUUAGAGAAACGUGUGAAUAACACCGUGAGAAAAACAGAACAGAGGUGUACCAACACUGGGAACAAUCUGAAGGACAGUGUCCAAAGAGACGUCACGCAGCUACGCAACAUGGUCAUCAGUCAACUGGAUGAUCACAGCUUCAAAAUCGGAAAGCUAGAGCUUGACGUGGCUGUUCUUGGGGACACUGUCAGGGACCACAGUCGACGUCUAAGCCAGCUGGAGAAUGUUACAACCUUCAUGGACAGAAGGUUAACAGCGACUACGAAAAUGUGUAACGACACAUGUGGGUUUAACGGAAAAGACCGCCAGACUGAAGACACCGUCAAAACCUUAGAAUGGAGAGUCGUGGCCAACCAAGGGGAAAUCCAGAAAUUUAACACAAGAUUAAAUGACUUGUCUGUGUCAGGUGACUCACUGGCAGACAGAAUCAUAAACCUAACGGAUGAUGUGAAAAAGAUCAUUGCCGUGACGGGCAAGAAUGGUGAGCACUUCAACAGGAUCGUCACGGAGGUUGAAACUUUGAGCCAGGAUUGGGAAGACUGCUCUAUCUGCAGCAACGUCGAGAACGACCUGCGUCUGCUGGCCAACUCCACCACAACGGGGAUCGACAAGUGUCAGACGGAACUGAACGAUCUGCGGAGAAAGGUCGAUUCAGGAGAAACGGUGUGCUCUCAGGUGUGCUCAAACCUCCAGGAAGAGGUGGGUCGACUCAGAGAGGAAGUGGAGAAGACCAACGCACAGUGUGAAAUCAACAUCAAUGAUCUUACCAAUCGCCUGGAUGGUCACACUGACCACAGUGGAAGAUUAGGAGGGGAUCUGAAGUCCAUCCAAGGAGAGUUAUCUAAAGUAAUCGUCACAUUCCACUCCAUCAACAACACAUUGAAGGACAUGGGAACGACAAUACGGACACAUGGGAACUUCCUAAAUGAUCUGACCAACACCAAGGACAGGAUCCACACUGAGCUGGACAUUUUGAAGAAGGAUCUGGCGGAGCACAUUGACGACUCAAGCGAUCGGCUCGGCGGUGUCAGCAAAGACAUAGAAGUGAUCAGGAGCAACUAUUUGACGGAAGUCGGGGAGUGUCGGCGAUUAAGCGACGGCUUGGACGGACGACUCUCCAAGCUGGAGGGAGUGUGCAGACGCUUUGACUCUUUUUCGGACAGCCUACAGAGGAUUAAGGAGGGCCUGAACCAACACGUGUCUGGGUUGUGGAACUGCGUCAACGGACUCAAUGUGACGGUCACGUCUCACGGACGUCUUAUCGAUAAUAUCCAGAAUGUCCAGCUGGAAAAAAUCCAUUCAAAGAUACACAGGCUGAACUCGUCCCUGCUGGACUUGGCGAAGGAGUUCCAUGAUUUCAUAGGACAGGAUUUCACGGGCCCACCUGGUCUACCAGGCCCCAGAGGAGAGCGAGGGGCGUCUGGACCCCAGGGCGCUGUGGGACCCCAAGGAAAGGUGGGACCUCAGGGUGAAAAGGGCAAACAAGGACCAGCUGGACCGCCAGGCUUGAGAGGGGAACAGGGUCUUGCAGGGUCUGAUGCCCACGUGCCCCGCCUUUCUUUCUCCGCCGCGCUGACUCGGCCAAUGAGGGGAGCGGGAACCAUUGCGUUCAACGAAGUCUUCGUCAAUGAAAACAAUGUCUAUGACCCCAAAACAGGUUAUUUCACAGCCCCGGUCAGAGGGAGGUACUUCUUCAGCGGAAUCCUGACCGGCCAUAAGAACAUGAAAAUCGAGGCGGUGCUGUCCAAAUCCAAUACCGGCGUGGCUCGGGUUGACUCUGCCGGGUAUCAGCCUGAAGGCCUGGAAAAGCCCAUGGCAGAAGCCAAACACAUCCCUGGAGCUCUGGCGGUCUUCAACAUCAUCCUGCCCAUGGAGGCAGGGGACACGGUGUGUAUCGACCUGGUCACCGGCAAGCUGGCGUACUCCUCUGAGCCCUUGACCAUCUUCAGCGGGACCUUGUUAUAUGAGAACGUCUGAUCCAAUGGACGCAGAGCAUGGACUCUUUUGAAAGACAAAGCUACCAGGACAGUCAAGACGAAUGAAAUCAUCGAAGAGGAUGCAUUCAGGGAAAGGUUGACUGUUAAGAUUCCACUCAUUUGUGCUUUACAGCUUUAAGGCUGCUUUUUUUCUCAAAUGCCAUCAAUUCGAAAGCCACUGCAUGUUCAUCUUGCCAAAAAACUUGAAUUAUUUUGCCAUAACUUUGCCAGGUGUCCUUUUCGUGACGUGAACGAAUGAUAAACGUCAGCGUGUGCGGGAUCUUUCGCUUGUCCGCCCGCAGUUCUUUUUUUUUUUUUCUUCCCCGUGUUCAGUCAUUUUAUUCUAAUUACUUCUAUUAUUUUUAAUGCUGACCAUUUCAUUUUGACCACAAGCAAAUUCCCAGAAACACGAUGCAGGAAGCCAACAAAAAAAAGAAAUGAGGGAAAUUAAGUGAGUUUAAACCGCAAUUCUCUGCGGGAAAAGCAAAAAUGAAGUCAUCCGCAGUUCAUGCAAAGGAGACCACAGGAUGAAACAUGGAGGAAGGAGCACGACAGCCACAAUGAAAGACGGGAAUUGUUUCUGUGUCCUGUUGACCAUCUAUACUGGAUCAAGUGGAAAAGAUUUUUUAGUCUUAAGGCUCUGUCCCACUGUGCCGUUUAACGAUUUUGUCCAAAAAACAAAUUGUUUUGGACUUUUAAAUUCAUUUUUCAGCUGACUUACACUCAUAUCAAGACAUUGACCAAUGGCACUAGUCAGAUCAAACUUUGGACGUGCCGUUUUCAGCGUUUUUUACUUAAAAACAGGUAAUGUGGGCCGUCCAGGAGCUACGACUGUUGUGAUGAGGUGAUGAGGCGUACCUCGGAUUCUUAUACGAUGCAAACUGGAUGUUAAUAGACGUAAUUCAAACGUUUUUUUAGCCGUUGCCUUUCUGAGAUGUAUUGACACAUUAUUCAUGCUGUUCUAUCUCCCGCUCACGGUCAAAAAAUCAAAAAAUUUGCCGCCGUAUGAUACCAUCGGAUGUAAAUAUUUAGACGGAGGUAGAUGGAGUCGGUAUACGGCAGUAUGGAACAGAGCCUUAUAGGAAAACUGCACUGUUUUGGGAAUUUUGCCCAUCGUCCACAAUCCUUAUGUGAGACAUAAACACAAGUCUUUCUCUUUUCUGUGUGUUCUAAAGUUAUAAAAACCGCUAAAAAGAGGCAGCCAAAUAAUGCACGUAAUGGGACACACCUAUCCCGCCUACAAAGCCCGCUAUUUAAACACCUCCAAAAACCUCCAACAAGGUUUUAUGGUUAUAUAUACAUGCUGUAACCAUGUAGUGACAGGUACAUCCAUGAUAACAUGUAAUAUUUACAGUAUUUUGCCAUGCUUUGAUCAUUUUAAUCAUUACCGGAAUUUCCUUCCCGAGCGCGUUGAUUUACAUAGAAAUGAGCGCUACACCUAGCAUUAACCGUUCCAAACUCAAAAACAAAAACACAGCAGCAGUGGCGGCAGCUCCAAUAUGUAGCAUUACCUUUUUAGUAGUGGCCUGAGGUGUUGUGAGCGAGGCACUGCGAGCUAUUGCAUGGUGAAGCAGGUCGCUAGCCGGCUAGCAGCUCGCCCGUGUGGUGUGGUGAGGUGUCACUACGCCAGAAAAGUAGUUGUUCUGUGUUACCGCCUACAAUAACAAUGUCGCUGUGUUUCUCUGUUUGUGUUCAAAACAACACGAAAAGUUGUGAAUGGAAUUGUCAGAAAUGGGCUAUGGGAGAACUGAUUACAUUUUGGGAGUGAUCCGGAUCACCGUCUGGACCCAGGAAUUUUUUUAAAGGAUUCCUUAACAGUGCGACAUAGGACUAUUUUCGGCAUUUGUGCAUAUAACUCCACAAAAAAUGGUCAGAGCACUUAUAAAAAUACAGGACAAGUUUCUACAAAAUAUCAAAGACUGAUCCAAAAAAUGUAUUAUUAUUUUGGUGGGUGGGAACUCUGUCGCUUGGUGGAGGUCUGCGCUUUCAGAGUGCUUCUCUAGUAUGUUGGCCAUUUUUGGAGUUUUUUUCAGAAGGUAUUAUAGGUGGAAUAGGUGUGUCCCAUUACAUGCAUCACUUACUGUAGCUGCCUCAUUUUAGCUGUUUUUAUAUCAUUAUAAAAAUAUCGUUUUUAUAUCAUUUAUAUCAGCACAGAAAAGGUAAAGUUCACGUCUCACAUAAGGAUUGUGGAUGAUGGGCGAAAGUGGUUUUCCUUUAAGUCCUUAUAAUGGAAGUCUCACAAUUGUGUCUGAUUUAAACGUAUACUAUGUCCAGCACAGACUUGCUAAUGCUUCCAGAUAUUAUUUCAAAUUGUUCUUCUGUGCCAAGAAGUCGGCAUUUAUUGUAUGAGCGCUAUAAAUUAAUUCCAAUCCACACCUUAUUCUGUUUCCUUGAAAGAAACCCAGUGGGAAUAUACUUUUACUGUUUCAAUGAAUUGUACACUCUUGAAGGAAUGUAAAUAUUGUUCGUUUUGCCAUAUAAGAUUUUUAUGAGCUACCACUUCACCUUGCAAGGUACUGGAUAUGUUUUGUAUGUUUUUGCCACACGUGUGCCUCAAAUACAGAUAAGGCCUUUUACACAGGUGCUCUAGAAAUGUCUUUUUAAGGCUUUUAAAGCAACCCACCCCUUCUUUGGUUUUGCAGAAAACAAAUCUCAUUCACCCAAAGUUGGUAAUCAUUUAUAAAUACGUGAUAAUACAGGUCAAAUGUACAGCAUACAUGUACAUACAUGCCUGUUAAAAAGGUCCAUCAUUUUUAAAUGUUUAUAAGUCUUGACUGUUUUUUCGGCAAGCGUUGAGAUUUCGCACUUUGCUCGGUCGCCCUUGAACACACCAUAGUUGCUUUAAUGUUUAAUAUAUAAACGUCUACACCACAUCUCCGAUUCCAUCUCUUCAUGGAUCAUAUUACAUGAUCAUUUAUAACCGCUUUUAUCUGAAAUGUUGAUCCAAAAUUGGAGGAUGACGUAAACGUCAAGCUAGCAGGAGGGGCUUGGAUGGGGUGAGGCGAGCCGGGUGUCAAAAAUAUAAAUUUUUCAUGGGUCUCAGUUACUCGCGGAUUAUUUGCAUUCGCUGGUGGUCUUGGAAAUUAACUCGUGUGAAAAGCGGGGCUCUACUGUAUUUAAUAUAGUGAUUGAGAUGACUUAGCCUGAUGACCCGGGAAAAUAAAAAUGGUUUUGCAAUAAAAUGA